GUCAAACGUCCCCAAUUCCAAAAACUUUCCUUUUUUUUUCUUAAAUCUUUAUCUCCUCUUCUAAUCAUGGAAACCUCCUCCCCCUCCCCUCCCCCUCCUCCUUCUGCAUCCCAACACGGCGGCGACAUGGAAAUCCACCAUCCUCCGAUCACCACCGAUUGGGACUGGAGCGAUCUCCUGGACUUCGCCGUAGACGAUCAAAUCCCUCUCUCUUUCGAUACUCUUGGUGACCUCACCCAAACUAUUGACAAUCCAACACCAGAAAUCGAGUCUCAACAGGUUCAGCUUCCUGUUCCUGAUCGGGUAAGGAAGCGAGACCCGAGGUUGACUUGCUCCAAUUUUCUAGCGGGUAUAGUACCGUGUGCGUGUCCGGAGGUGGAUGAAUUAUUACGAGAGGAAGAGGCUACUUUGCCUGGAAAGAAACGGGUUAGAGUUGCUCGUGCCGGGUCGAGUAUUGCUAGGUGUCAAGUACCCGGUUGUGAAACGGAUAUUAGUGAACUCAAAGGGUAUCAUAGAAGACACAAGGUUUGUCUACGGUGUGCUACUGCUACUGCUGUUGUACUUGACGAGCAAACUAAAAGAUACUGUCAACAGUGUGGCAAGUUUCAUGUGUUAUCGGAUUUUGAUGAAGGGAAAAGGAGCUGUAGAAGGAAAUUAGAGAGGCAUAAUAAUAGAAGGAGAAGGAAGCCAGCUGAUUCUAGUAAGGCGAGCCCAGGUGAUAAGGAAGUUCAAGGGGAUUUGCUAACUGAAGAUACUACUACUUGUGAUGCUGAAGCUGAGAAAGAUGGUUUGUGCUCUAGUGGUCAGAUGGCGGAGAAAGAAGGGUUGGUUGAGUCUGAAGAUGGACAUGUUUCCACCAUGAACUCUGAUCCUAAUUCUCAAAAUGUUACUAGUGAUAGUGGAGUAUCUUUCACGGCUUUUGGGGACAUGCUAAUGGACGGGGGGAAAGAUGAUUCCAAAUUUUGGUUUUCUCCUUCGCAGUGUGACAAUAAGAGUGAUUACGCAUCCAUGUGUCCGACAGGUAGGAUCUCAUUCAAGCUUUAUGACUGGAAUCCGGCAGAAUUCCCUAGAAGGCUUCGACACCAAAUAUUCCAAUGGUUGGCCAAUAUGCCAGUUGAGUUGGAAGGAUAUAUUCGGCCAGGAUGUACAAUCCUGACUGCCUUUAUAGCGAUGCCACCAUUUAUGUGGGUGAAGUUAGUUGAAGAUCCUGUGUCUUAUUUGAACGACCUUCUUGGUAGUGGAAAAAUGUUGUCUAAAAAGGGCCGUAUGCGUGUUUAUGUGAAUAACAUGAUCUUCAAGGUCACAAAAGAUGGAAAUUCGGUGAUGAAAGUCAAUGUGGAAGGACACGCCCCAAGGCUUCACUAUGUUCACCCUACAUGUUUUGAGGCUGGAAAGCCCAUAGAGCUUGUUGUUUGUGGAAGUAAUUUGUUGCAGCCCAAAUUUCAGUUUCUGGUAUCUUUUGCUGGGAAGUAUCUUGCGCCUGAUUAUUGUGUUGCUUUACCACAAGCUCAUACCAAAGGAGGUCCAGGUCUUCACCAUCAGUUAUACAAAAUACUUACACACUGUAAUGAACCUAAUCUUUUAGGUCCCGCAUUUAUUGAGGUCGAGAAUGAGAGUGGCUUGUCAAACUAUAUCCCUAUACUUAUUGGGGACACAGAAAUUUGUUCUGAAAUGAAAAUAAUUCAGCAGAGAUUUGAUGCAUCUCAUUCAUUGAUUAUUGGCUCAGAGUGUGAGGUUUCUACAAUGAGACAAACAGCAUUGUCAGAGUUUAUUAUGGACAUUGCUUGGUUACUAAAGGAGCCUUCAGCAGAAAAUUCUCAACAAAUGAUGACUUCUUUCCAGAUUCAAAGAAUCAAUUCUUUGUUGAAUUUCUUGUUACACCAUGAAUCAACCAUCAUUUUGGAUAAAAUUUUAAAAAACCUGAAGAUCUUGAUGGACAAAAAGGAGGCCAAUGGUAUGGGUAAUGGCACUAGUGACACUAACAUGAGGCUAUUGCAGAGUUACAUGGAUUAUGCAAGCAAUAUUCGUCAUGAAAAACUCCAGAGAAGUGAAGUUUUGAAGCAUCACUUGGAAUUUUCUGGAAAGGAGAAUAAUUGCAUUUCAGGAAGCUGCUGUGGAAACAACAAGGAAUCAGUUGCUCUCUCCACUGAGAACUUGGAGCAAAGACCAAAUGGUGUAUUGGGAGCAAUGGGAAACUCCAAUUUUAAUGUUCGAAGCGAUGAGUUUCCACUUUUGACUAAAGAUGUCGUCAUGAGGAUGAACCUCGUAAAUGAAAGGCCCAAGAAAUCAUGUGGUCUCGUUUUCUCUAACAGAGUCUUGAAGUAUCGUCCUUCAUUUUAUGUAAUUGCUCUUAUUGCUGUUUGUUUUGGAGUAUGCGCCAUUGUUCUGCACCCUCAUAAGGUUAGCAAACUCGCAGUAUCUAUACGCAGGUGCCUGAUAGACAGAUUUUAGAUGUCAAAUAAAUCCAGACUAAAAUGCCAUCUCUUGAUCACUGGCUCUGUACAUCCCCUUUACACUAAUAGAUUAAAUUGACCCCCCCUGAAGCUUAAGGAUGGGGUUUGAUUCCUGACUUUGGAGUGUCCAAACUGCUAUUUCUCCAUGCUGCCUUGAUCUUGCCCUUGUAGGAGUGUCAAGAUAUAACCGCGGCCUUCCCAAGAGUUGGAGAUAUCUGCUGCUUUUUUCCAGUUGGAUGAGAAUUCUUUGUAGGCAAUGUCUAAUAUUCUUGCAUCAUUUGUUUCCUUGUUGUACUGACAACAGCUUUCACCCCCAAGUUCGUGUAUUAUCUUUUUUGGCAAUGAUAAUGAUGGAAUAAGUUACUAGGGA